CACUCAUUCCUUUGCGCUUCAUUGGACAUUAAGCAGUCAGCAGCCCAAAGAGCAGCUCCAGGCUGGAUGGAUGAGAGCGGGCAGCAGGUGGACCAGGCCGCAGGGUUAAGGAUGGUAUAGAGCCGGAAGUCUGGGGACCGAUCCCUGAUCUUUCCAUGGCCUUAGCUCCUCUGAGAGCCUGAGCAUGGACUCUCCUUCAGGACCAAGAGUCUUGUCAAGCUUAACUCAGGAUCCCAGCUUCACAACCAGUCCUGCCCUGCAAGGCAUUUGGAACGGCACUCAGAACGUCUCCGUAAGAGCCCAGCUUCUCUCUGUUAGCCCCACGACAUCUGCACAUCAGGCUGCUGCCUGGGUCCCCUUCCCCACAGUCGAUGUCCCAGACCAUGCUCACUAUACCCUAGGCACGGUGAUCCUGCUGGUGGGACUCACAGGGAUGCUGGGCAAUCUGACGGUCAUCUACACCUUCUGCAGGAACAGAGGCCUGCGGACACCAGCAAACAUGUUCAUCAUCAACCUCGCAGUCAGCGACUUCCUCAUGUCAGUCACUCAGGCCCCGGUCUUCUUUGCCAGCAGCCUCUACAAGAAGUGGCUCUUUGGGGAGACAGGUUGCGAGUUCUAUGCCUUCUGCGGGGCUGUCUUUGGCAUCACUUCCAUGAUCACCCUGACAGCCAUAGCCAUGGACCGCUAUCUGGUGAUCACACGUCCACUGGCCACCAUCGGCAGGGGAUCCAAAAGACGAACGGCACUCGUCCUGCUAGGCGUCUGGCUUUAUGCCCUGGCCUGGAGUCUGCCACCUUUCUUUGGUUGGAGUGCCUACGUGCCCGAGGGGCUGCUGACAUCCUGCUCCUGGGACUACAUGACCUUCACACCCCAGGUGCGUGCCUACACCAUGCUGCUCUUCUGCUUUGUCUUCUUCCUCCCCCUGCUCAUCAUCAUCUUCUGCUACAUCUUCAUCUUCAGGGCCAUCCGAGAGACAGGCCGGGCCUGUGAGGGCUGCGGUGAGUCCCCUCUGCGGCAGAGGCGGCAGUGGCAGCGGCUGCAGAGUGAGUGGAAGAUGGCCAAGGUCGCACUGAUUGUCAUUCUUCUCUUCGUGCUGUCCUGGGCUCCCUACUCCACUGUGGCUCUGGUGGCCUUUGCUGGAUACUCGCACAUCCUGACGCCCUACAUGAGCUCGGUGCCAGCCGUCAUCGCCAAGGCUUCUGCCAUCCACAAUCCCAUUAUCUACGCCAUCACUCACCCCAAGUACAGGGUGGCCAUUGCCCAGCACCUGCCUUGCCUUGGGGUGCUUCUCGGUGUAUCAGGCCAGCGCAGCCACCCCUCCCUCAGCUACCGCUCUACCCACCGCUCCACAUUGAGCAGCCAGUCCUCAGACCUCAGCUGGAUCUCUGGACGGAAGCGUCAAGAGUCCCUGGGUUCUGAGAGUGAAGUGGGCUGGACAGACACAGAAACAACCGCUGCAUGGGGAGCUGCCCAGCAAGCAAGUGGACAGUCCUUCUGCAGUCAGAACCUAGAAGAUGGAGAACUCAAGGCCUCUUCCAGCCCCCAGACCAAGGGACACCUCCCCAGUCUGGAUCUCGGGAUGUAGGAUGCCCACUGGCCCUCCCUUUCUUCUGGUACUUGCCCAGCCCCGUCACCUCCCCAUCCCAUGCACAGACCCAGGAUUAUGUCACAAGCCUGGAAGCUUUGAAGGUGUUCCUGUCACUCGUGCCACACUGGAUACGAAUCUCCGGCCCCUUUCCACGCCGCGAAGCACAGUCUGCCGCUACUCAGCUCAGCAGCCACACUGGGCCCCGCCUGAAGCACGAACCCCGGUUUUUCCCGCUCCCCUUCCAGCAGCGGUUGCCUCUCCCCAGACGCUGUAUGUGCUGCGAUUGUCCAGACAAUGACAAUGGCGAUGGCACUGGGGAACACAUCAUUUAUUUAUGAGAUAAACAUCUUGGCCAGCUUUCACAACCAGGCCGGACAUCUCAUUGGUUCAGAAAGCCCUUCCCCGCGUCCAGGGCUCAAAAGCUGAACACAGACUUUACUUUGUGCACUGGGAAUACUUUUUUGCCUCUAGCUCCUCCCAUAGCAUUCUCACUGUGGCCCACACUCACAUGUACAUGGGCACUGGCAGGCACAGAGGUACCUAUUGCAUGCACACCAAGCAACAAGUGUGCACACCCUGCCCCUACUCGUUCCAUGUUAGCGGUCCAAGUUCCUUCCAGAUGUGGAUCUGACAAGGCACAGGAAAAUAAAAACAAACAAACAAACAAACAA